AUGACGACGAAAAACUCAGACAUGCGCAGCCUCGCCGAGGUCUUUGACAAGAACGGAUACGUCAGUGGUCUCGACGUUCUUAACGAGAAGGAGGUGGUAGAACUCAGGGCCAACUUUGACAAAGUGCAGGAUGACAUAGGGGAGGAGAACGCUACAUACUCAUUGCAUAACAAGCAUCUGACUGAUGACUGGGUGCUCCGGCUUGCUACUCACCCGAACAUGCUCCGUCCUUUGAAGGCAAUCCUAGGACCGAACAUGAUCCUUCUAGAUUCUCGCUUUAUCUGCAAAUAUCCCGUGAAGGAAUCCGAAGACAAGGAAGCGUUUGUAGCUUGGCAUCAGGAUGUCAGGUACUGGGGAGUGGAAGGCGAUGUUGUCAGUGUUUGGUACGCGGUCGACGACGCUGAUGUGGAGAACGGAUGUAUGUUCGUGAUCCCUGGAACCCACAAAAGUGGAAUUCUCGAGCACGUCUCGGAGACCAAACAGGGAAAUCUUUUGUCGUCAAACCAGUCCAUCCGCGAGAAUCUGUACGACGCGUCCAAAGCUGUCCCUUGUCCACUACGUGCUGGUCAAAUCGACACCAACCGAUCCACACGAAGAAGAUGCGGCUACGUCAUCCGAUAUGUCGCCACUACAGCCAAGCCAAUUGUUGACUCCAGCAGACCCAGGACCUUCCCUGCAACGGUCCUGGUGAGCGGGGUGAAUGACACGGGUAACUUUGAUGAUCAUGCCCCAGAAUGGUUCACAUGGAAGGAUCAGUAA